UUGCUUAAAAUGUUCAUGAUUGUCAGUCCCGAUGGUUACAUAAUAGAAGCAUUUGGGCCCUAUGCAGCCGAUAAGUCUGAUGCCGUCAUCAUGAGAGAAUUGACUGAAAAUGGAGAAUUUCGCAGGUUUUUCCAGUCUGGUGACGUAUUUAUUCUUGAUAGAGGUUUCAGGGACGUAAUGGGUACACUUCAAGCAUGAGGAUAUCGGGCUUUCAUGCCCAAAACAAAAAGUAGACACGAACGGCAACUUUCUACCCAAGAUGGGAACGAUUCACGGAAAGUGACAAUAUGCCGUUGGGUAGUGGAAGCGGUUAAUGGUCAUAUAAAGACACAAUUCCGUCAACUGCGAAAUCAAUACUCGAAUGUUGCUGCACGCAAGCUGAAGGAGGAAUUUAGAAUAGCAUGCGCUUUAUUAAAUGCGUUUGGUGCACGUUUCACUGAUCACGUGUUAGUUAAUCAAAUGGUGAACGAAAUUAAUUUAAAACAAUACGCCCCAAAUCCGCUCUCAGAAACGGUUAUACAAAAUAAUUUGAAUCUGCGUAGAGUCCAAUUUCAAACCAUAGACGCAGCUAUUGGUCUGGAAGAUUUUCCAGUCCUAACCAAAGAUGAUAUAAUCAUAAAAGCUUUAGGAACGUAUCAAAUUGCACAAGCCAGAAGUUAUUACGGUGAGCAUAUAAAAAGAAAUGGUGUUUACGAAAUACAAGUCUGUAGGGAUGAUGGAGGCCUAUUUCUGGAGAACUUGUGGCUAUUACGAGCCAAAAUUGAUUCACGGCAUGCCGGAAACCGGACAUAUUUUGUUUAUAUUUUAAUAAACAAUGGCAUGCAAGGAAGGGACAAACUCGAAGGCCAUUAUUGCUCUUGCAUAGUAGGGAAGAGAACUCUGGGAUGUUGUUCCCAUAUCAUGAGCGUUAUAUGGUUCUUGGGAUGGGCCCGUCACCAAAAUGUUUUUCCGCUGCCACCAGCAUUAUUUUUGGAUACAAUUAUUGUACGACAUGACGUAGAAAAUGAAGCUAAUGACGAAUUUUAAU